CCGUCAAGGACAAAUUCAUGUUCCAGGUGAUCUUAACAUGAAAGUGAAUGAUAUGCCCACAAGCUUAUAUCACACACUAGUCAGAAAAAAGCGAAGUUUUGUUGAUAAACAAUUGUUUACAAUGGAAGUUUUAGUCGCAGUAGACAAAUCGAUGAGUGAAUUUCAUAAAUCGGAUUUGAAUUCUUACAUUCUUACACUUAUAUCUGUUGUUUCUAAUAUAUUUUCCGACGCAAGUAUAGGAAAUUCAAUAAAUAUUUCGGUUCCUACGAUUGUAUUGCUUAAAGAUGAUAUAAAUAUGUCACGCGGUAAAAAAACUACAUCAGCAUCUCAACUACUUAAACAUUUUUGUUCUUUUUUACACAAAAAACGCAUUCAUUAUGACACUGCGAUCAUGCUCACAAGGGAUCAGAUUUGUCGAAAUGAAGGUGAAGCUAAGUGUGAUACUCUUGGCCUUGCAGAACUUGGGACAGUAUGCAAAAGUUAUUCUUGUUCAAUUGUGCAGGAUAAUGGACUUCCUGCUGCUUUUACAAUUGCUCAUGAACUUGGACAUAUGUAAGUUGUGUUUUGAUUUAUAUGAAAUUAUGUGUUGGCAUUUAAAAGACAUUUAUUUUUGUUUAAAACCCAUUUAUUUUUGUUUAAAAGUU